AGUACAAUGGAAAAAUAGCCAAUGGUAACCAAGAAAUGGGUUGAGGAAUCAUAUCCAGUUAACAACAAGCCUGUAGGCAGUGAUGCUAUUGGAGAGUGAUAGAUGAAAUAGCGCCAUAAAUGAUCAUGAUCAGAAAUUAUUAGAGAUAACAAUAAGAAGAAAAAAGUAUAAUGUGGAAGGGCAGAGGAAGAGUGAUUCACGAUUUAGAAACCGGAAGAAUACAUUGCAUUUGAAGUAAAUAAAGUGCCUAAGCAAGACAGAUACACGUUCUGGGAGUGCCGUUUUAUAUGAUGAGUCUUUAUAUUACUACGCAAAACUUGCCCGUACAGAAAUACCUUGGUUACACAAGUUCCCCACGCACUGCUAUGUAGUUGUUGUAACCCCUGACGACCUACGCAGAAUUUUAGUUUAUUAUCAUCUUAAAACUACGUGACAUUGCCAGAAUGGCCUUUUGUUCCUGGUUUAAAGAGGAGAUAUACAGAGAUACAUUCGAGGCGGGUGUCUAUGUUUGUCGUAAAUGCAACAAUGAAUUGUUUUCUAGUAAGAUGAAAUACAAGCAUAAUAGUCCUUGGCCAGCAUUUGUGAGAACAUUAAAAAAUGACUCUGUCCGUAAAAGGAAAGAAAGUAAACUUGCCUACAAGGUCUCAUGUGGAAAAUGUGGUAAUGGAUUAGGACAUGAGUUCCUGAAAGACGGUCCUGAUGGACAGAUGUCACGUUUCUGAAUAUUCUCACAUUCCCUUAAGUUUAUACCCAAACAAGAGGGAAGUGAGGAGAUAAUGAAUGGCCAAACUGAGACUAAUGGCAAUUCUUGAGAAGCCAAGAAGGACUGCCCGAGACCACAGUCGAUCAGUCAAACCAACAACAAUUGUAAUUUAUUGUAGCCUCUUCUAUCAAAUCUUUUGUGAUUGUCUACAUAUGUUCUAUGAGACAUUUUGUAUUUAGAUGGAAUAUUGUUUAUCCACUAGAACAUGAAGUAAUGUGACGUGAUUUGGAAUCUAAUAUAGUGCCAUUAUAUAGACACUGUUAUAAUUGUAUUAAGCUUAUGGUACUGUGAAUGUAAACUCUUAAUUGAGGUUUUCACAGUGGAAGACGUAAUUGAACAUUUAUAACAGUGUUAUUCAUGGUAUAAUAAUUCAUGUCAUUAGAUUAAGACUGCAAACAAGAUUUUACUUUUGGUCCCCUUGAUUUUGUUUGUAUUCAGAUUUAACACUAGGAUUUAAAUUCAUGAUUAUUUCUUUGCUGAUGUAAUUUUUUGCUUCCUUAUAUGUAGUUCACAUUAAAUCUAACAUUGCAGGAUUUAAAUUUUUUUUAAUUUCUUGCUGUAGUCCUACUUGAGGUUACACCAUCAAGUCACUUUAAAACAAACCCUUCAUAUAUAUAUUCUAGUAGGAACACAAUGAACAUUUCAGUACGAAAUGAAAAAGUUACUUGAAGAAAGUUGUUGUUAUGCCAUUUAGACAAAUUGUGAUAAUUUUGAAUUAUUGUGCAUCUUUGUUCAGUAAUAUUUAAGGGGCACGCCGACCAUUAAACUUCAAGGAAUAAUGUUGAAUUUCAGUUAUUAAUAGCUUUCAUUCAGCUUUUAUGUCUAGACAAACACAUCCAUAAGCAAUAAUACAAGUAAAAUUUUUAAUUGGUUUAUUGACACUUGUUUAUUGCUUGUAUGGCACUGUGAACCAGAAGUUGUAAAAAGACUGGUAAAAAAUGUCUGUAUGAUUAAUUCUGGAUAGGUGGAAUCAAGUUAUACACUAUUUUGGAUUGUUGUGUGUAAAUAAACAUAUCUUUAAAUGUUUUUGGUAAAAGAAAAUUUAGAUUGGUUCAUGGACAAUUUUGUUCAUUGAUUGUAUGAUAUUGCAAACUACUACUUGUAAAAAAAAUAUAAAAUGUCUGUAUUAAUAAAACAGUAUAGGAUCAA